AUGCUGGAGGCCCUUCAGCAGCGGAUAACCCUCGCAGCCCGGGCAGCGGCAGCCGCAGGAGAUAUAGCAGAUGCGCAGUUCCUGGAGGGCUUGCUUGAAGACCGUGGCUUGGGAAACACUGAGAAGAGUAUAGAGUUCGAAGAGGCAGCUGGCAUUUUCGCUAGAGAGGGACAAGUGAAAGAGGCAGCAGAGCUGUUUCUCAAAGGCCGAGUUCCUGCCAAGGCAGCUGCUCUCAUUUGCAAGUCUUUGCCUCCCGCAGAAACUUCUCCUGGCCAGCCUUUGGGGAUUCAGAAUGCACAAGGGAAAGUGGAUGACCUUAGAGGAUUCGUACCAGUCGGGAUGUUCUCUCCCAAGCUUAUUGAGAGCACUGUCGAAGAACUAAAAAGGAUCGACCUUCAUGAGGUGGCAGCAGAUUUGUUGGCACACUUAGGGCAUUGGAGAAAAGCCUUGUCUUUGCACCAAAAGUGCCGAAACUUUCCGAAGGCAGUGGCGAUUGCCGAGGCGGUGGCACGUGAUGCGUUGCCCAGUCUGUACAAAAGCUGGGCAGAAGCUAAUUUGGAAGAAGGGAAAGUUGAAGAAGCAGUGGCACAUUUUAUCAAAGCGGGAUGCAAGGAUAACGCUGUUGAGGCUUGCCUAAGCGGCGGACUUUGGCAGAAGGCCCGGCAGCUGUUAAAAGGACAAAGAGAUGAAGCGUCUGUCCAGAAGUUGCUAGCAGUGGCCCGAAAACUUGAAGAUCAAGGAGACAUGUCUGAGGCUGAGCAAGCGUAUCUUGAGGUCAAUGCCGUGGAAAGAGCUGUUAGGAUGCGUCUAGAACGUGGACAAUUAGCAAUAGCGCUUAAGAUUGUUAGAAACGCCCCAUCAAGAGAAAAGUUACGCCCUUUUAUGCAGCAGCUUGCGCAGCAGUUGGCGGCCGGAAAAAAAUUCGAGGACGCUGAAGCAGUGCUGCUGGCCAUAGGUGACGUCCAGGGAGCUCUCCAAUUGCUGCAAACGCACAGCCAGUUUGACCGGCUCAUACUUCUUAUUGACACUCAGUGCCCUGCCGAGCGCGAUGCUAUCUGUAUGCGGCUAGCCUCGCGACUCGCUGACAUCGGUAGCUAUUCCGAUGCCGAACGCUUUUUUCUAGCUUGUGGGGCAUGGCAACAAGCGGCCGACAUGUACGCUGACGUUGAAGACUGGGCUGCUGCUUGCCGCGUGGCGGCGUCUGAAGGGGGAGCCGCUGCUAGUCGGCGCAUGUGCCUGCGUCACGCCCAAAAGCUCCUACGUUUACGGGGCCCAAAAGCUGCUGUACAAAUGUUGGUUGAGCGGGGGGAGUGUGGCGCUGCAGUAGAGUUGGCGGUAGAAAACCGAGAAUUCCCUCUGGCGAUAGAGACUGCAAGGAAGCAUUGUUUAGAAAAGACAAAGGAGGUUUAUAUGCAGCUAGGAAGGCAUAAAGAGGCUUCUGGAGACACGUCUGAGGCUGAAAACGCAUACUUGAAGGCACAAGCUCCUGAAGCGGCCAUCGCACUCUACAAGAAACGUGGCAAGUGGACGGAAGCCGUGCGACUUUCGAGACAAUUUCGGCCAGCAGCCUUGCAGCAACUAUUGAUGGAGCAGGCUAAGACUUGUGUACUUUCUGAGGAUCUCGAGGGAGCUCAGGCGGCCUUGUUAGAAGCAGGGAGAGCCGAUCUAGUAGUUCAGCUCCUCUUGCGGAAGGAGCAGUGGGCCGCCGCGGUUCGCCUGUGUGGGGAGAAGGCAAAGGAGAUGUUACCGUGGGUGCUUCAGCAGUAUAACAAUAAGAAGCCGCAGUUCGAAUCGAUACAGGAACUUCGAGAGUUCUGCAAAGUACGCCAUUCAGACCAGUCGCACGGCUGUCUCCCACAAAACUGCAGAGAGAAACCCGUGUUCUGCCGUUCGACUGGCAACCUAAUACCCUUACCGCGGAUAUUCAUUCAAAAAAAACUUAAAGGCUCUAAGCGGGUGUCCAAAUCCGUUAAUCAGGCGUUAGAAGGAGUCGGAGCAACUGAAAACGCAAUAGAUGUCUGCCUCUCAACGGGCGAAGUACUCACUGCCGAUCUCCAGGAGUUGCGCCCUUUUUGGAUGACCGCAGUACUUCCACACCCUUUCAAUAUGCUAAAGUUUAAAUGUAGAAUAGUCAGUUUCAUUCCGGGAACAUCACCGCACGUAAGUCUUGUAGCACCAGAAGGGUCUCAAGGAGUACGGCAAGAGGACCAGAGACAACGAGUUGUUUUGUUUGCUUCUGCUAAUGCCGUAGGUGACGCUUGCCCGGGCACUCGGACCCUCGCGGCAUGCGGCUGUAGCAUCUGCAGUAGCGCAGAAGCUACGGCUUGCCGGCGAUCUUGCCUCUGCCGGGGAGCUUUACAUGGCAGCUAG